UCCCGCCGCUGGGCUGGCGCGCUAGCCCGCAGGUGACAGCGCUGAGGUGCAGCGCCCUGGGAGGCGCGGGGACGCCCGGCUGCAGCUCAGCCUGAAGCGGCCCCCUCCACGCCUUCGCGCCUCGCCCCGCUGAGCUGGAAGCCGGGAGCUGGGAGCCGGGAGCCCGGAGCACCCCGCUAGCGCUCCCAGGGAUGUUCUACUGCCCUGGGGUGUGGGGACCGGUCUGCGGACCGCCAGGGGAGCCGGGCAGCCAGGGCGGGGAGCUGUAUUUACCCCCGUGCAGGGGACAACAAGCGGCCGGGUAAGUCGCUACAGUUGGCAAGAAGGCACCAUCUCCUGGGCAAGGGACGGGGACCCGCUUCCCACGUUGCGUUUUGGACUUUGCAGAGCGACCCCGCGUGCGCCCCACUUUGGGCACGCUUUGGGGGCCCGGGACUCCAGGCUGCUCAACUGGAAGGCGACGAGCAGGGGGUCUGAAGGGGGCGCCGGAGCUGGCAGAGCGGGGUACAGAAGCAUUUGCACACGGACAUUGGUUUGCUCCCCUUUGCAAGCCCGGGGGGGGGGGGUGGAGGCCUUGGCGCCCCGCUAACCCCCACAUGAGGAAAAGCCACCAGAAAUCAUGAAGUAGAAACUUUGGAAAGCUGCCACAGGAGAUGUAGCUCCAAAACCUGGGAUCUUGGAAUCCCCUCCUCAUCAGCGGAGGUCUAUAGCACCAAGCGCUCCUGCAAGGAUUCAAGGAGCCCAGGAGGAGCGGCAGGAGCGGGAGAGCGGGCGAGAGAAUGAAGACACCAACCUCCCGGCAGGAUCAUGAGGCGGCAGCGCGGAGCUUGCUCUAGAGGGCUCGGGCCGGUGGCCCCAUGGGCAGCCCUGCUGGUGCUGGGCCUCCCUGGCUGGGUGCUGACGGUCUCGGCCACGGCGGCUGCUGUGCUCCCGGAGCAGCAUGCGCACACGGCCAGCCGGCCGCCCCUGGACUGGCUGCUCUCGGACCGGGGGCCCUUCCACCGAGCACAGGAGUACUCUGACUUCAUGGAGCGCUUCCGCCAGGGCUUCACCACCAGGUACAGAAUCUACAGGGAGUUUGCCCGUUGGAAAGUGAACAGCCUGGCUCUGGAGAGGAAAGACUUUUUCAGUCUGCCUUUGCCUCUGGCACCAGAGUUUAUCCGGAACAUCCGUCUCCUUGGGAGGAGGCCCAACCUGCAACAGGUUACUGAAAACCUGGUCAAGAAGUACGGCACCCAUUUCUUACUUUCUGCCACCCUGGGAGGAGAAGAGUCUCUCACCAUUUUUGUGGACAAGCGGAAGCUGAGCCGGAAGUCAGAGUCGGCAGGAGGUGGCCCUGUAGUUGGGGGUAGUGGAAACAGCUCGGCUGUGGCUCUGGAGACCCUGCAUCAGCUGGCAGCCUCCUAUUUCAUUGAUAGAGAGAGCACACUGCGCAGGCUUCACCAUAUCCAGAUAGCCACAGGUGCUAUCAAGGUCACUGAGACCAGGACGGGCCCUCUGGGCUGCAGCAACUACGACAACCUGGACUCAGUCAGCUCGGUCCUGGUGCAGAGUCCAGAGAACAAAGUGCAAUUACUAGGCCUGCAGGUGCUGCUGCCCGAGUACCUGCGUGAGCGCUUUGUGACUGCAGCACUCAGCUACAUCACCUGCAGCUCAGAGGGUGAGCUUGUGUGCAAGGAGAAUGACUGCUGGUGCCACUGCAGCCCCAGCUUCCCGGAGUGCAACUGUCCUGACGCUGACAUCCAAGCCAUGGAGGACAGCCUGCUGCAGAUCCAGGAUUCUUGGGCCAUGUACAACCAACAGUUUGAGGAGUCAGAGGAGUUCCAGGUGCUGCUGAAACGGCUGCCGGAUGACAGGUUCCUGAACACCACGGCCAUCUCGCAGUUCUGGGCUGGGGACGCCAGCCUCCAGCACCGCUACCAGCAGCUGGGAGCCAGCCUGAAGGUGCUGCUCAAGAAGACCCACCGUGUGGUGCGCCGGCUCUUCAACCUCUGCAAGCGCUGCCACCGUCAGCCACGCUUCCGGCUGCCCAAGGAGAGGUCCUUGUCCUACUGGUGGAACCGGAUCCAGUCCUUGCUCUACUGUGCUGAAAGCACCCUCCCCGGUACCUUCCUGGAGCAGAGCCACAGCUGCACGUGCCCCUACGACCAGUCUUCGUGCCAGGGCCCCAUCCCCUGUGCCUUGGGGGAAGGGCCCGCCUGCGCACACUGUGCGCCAGACAAUAGCACACGUUGUGGGAGCUGCAACCCGGGCUAUGUGCUGGCCCAGGGGCUGUGCCGGCCCGAGGUGGCCGAGUCCCUGGACAACUUCCUGGGUUUGGAGACAGACCUGCAGGACCUGGAGCUCAAGUACCUGCUGCAGAAGCGGGACAGCCGCCUGGAGGUGCACUCCAUCUUCAUCAGCAAUGACAUGCGGCUGGGCAGCUGGUUCGACCCGUCGUGGCGCAAACGUAUGCUGCUCACACUCAAGAGCAACAAAUACAAGCCAGGGCUGGUGCACGUCAUGCUGGCCCUGUCGCUGCAGAUCUGUCUCACCAAGAACAGCACCCUGGAGCCGGCCAUGGCCAUCUACGUCAACCCGUUUGGGGGCAGCCACUCGGAGAGCUGGUUCAUGCCUGUGAACGAGGGUGGCUUCCCGGACUGGGAGAGGACUACUGUGGAUGCCGCUGCCCAGUGCCAAAACUGGACCAUCACUCUGGGCAACAGGUGGAAGACCUUCUUUGAGACGGUCCACGUGUACCUGCGGAGCCGGAUCAAGUCCCUGGACGACAGCUCCAAUGAGACCAUCUACUACGAGCCUCUGGAGAUGAGUGACCCCUCCAAGAACCUGGGCUACAUGAAAAUCAACACCAUGCAGGUCUUUGGCUACAGCCUGCCCUUUGACCCUGAAGCCAUCCGGGACCUCAUCCUGCAGCUGGACUACCCCUACACACAGGGUUCCCAGGACUCGGCCCUCCUGCAGCUCAUCGAGCUCCGGGACAGGGUCAACCAGCUUUCUCCACCUGGCAAGGUCCGGCUGGAUCUUUUCUCCUGCCUGCUCCGUCAUCGGCUCAAGCUGGCCAACAACGAGGUGGGCAGGAUCCAGUCCUCCCUGAGGGCUUUCAACUCCAAGCUGCCCAACCCCGUGGAGUACGAGACAGGCAAGCUCUGUAGCUAAUGGGGAGCCCUCUACAGCACUGGGCAGGGAACAUGAAUACGAGGGUGCAAAGAGCAUCCAAGCUUGGGUUAACCUUAGUGCCAACAAGCUACUCCCUGGAGACUUCUGGUGCUCAGGAGAUGGGACCUUGGGGUUUGGACUGAGCUGGCAGGAAAGGAAAAAGAAACCGCCUUUGCACACGUGUGCACACACACGCACAGGCAUACACAUACUCCCCCAGGGAGGGAUGACAACUCAGCAGCCCCAUUUGUAAAGCAAGGUGUUUUCUAAAAUGAAUGCAGUUUAAAGAGAGGGGCCAGGGGAGAAAUUUAGAACAAGAACCAGCCACACCCUGCAAUAUGCAUAUCUUUCAAAGUGAUUCUUUGUCAUUCAAACAUGCAGGAGGGGGGCAGGAGGGAGGGGUGGGAGCUCCUGGGAGGUGGGGGGGUGCCCUCUCUGUGGAGUCACUUUUGUAUUCUUUUUAAUCAGAUUUCUUACAGUCAUCUUGUUUGGGCAGUUCCAAUGUUGGUUUUCAACAUUUUGUAAGAUGCUGCCUCUCCCUGUGUCCUUCUAGACACUGAGCCCCCCCCCCCCCCAAUCCAAGUGCUUGGGAGAGAAAUGGCCCCAAGCAAGGAUGCUAGGACUCAGGCCACCAUGCUCCCCUUCUUUCCUUCCCUUGGGCCCCUGACCCCCAGGUUUCCGGGAGUGGGGGAGGUUCUGACUAGCUCCACUUCCCUUUGUGGCUCCUCCACUUCAACAGCCCCCAUUGUCCAAGAAAGAAGUUCUGCCAAGUUAGAGAGAGAUGAUGUAUAGGGAAAUGUUCUUUUUAAAAAAACAAAACAAAAAUAUUUAUUUUGUGAUUGUUUUCCUUGUCUAUCUGCUCCAGUCACAAAAACAUAUGAGUAAAAAUGUACCUGGAUUCA